CAGAGAGGUAACCGCUAUAAGACAAAAGCAUUAGACAGAUCUCAGUACCAGCUUACUCGCAUUCAUAUUCCCACUUCCACUCUUCCACAAAGUGACAGUAACGGUCACAUUUCGAUCUUCCCCAUAAACCCCUCUACACUCCAGACGGCCACAUUUCUCUCUCUCUCUCUCUCUCUCUCUCUCGCUGCGCAAAGCCCUCUGUUUUUCUCUCUGUAAAAAUGGCGAAGGCCUUUGGCUUCUUCAUCUCUCUCUUGCUUUUCCUGUCCCUCUUCACGCUCCCACUCUCGCGCGCGUCGGUGCCGGUGUCGAGGGCCCAGAGCGGCGUCGUGGGGACGGAGCUGUGGUGCGUGGCGAAGAAUAACGCGGACGACGCGGCUCUGCAGACCGCUCUGGACUGGGCAUGCGGGCCCGGGGCCACCGACUGCGGCCCAAUCCAGCAAGGCGGUCCCUGCUACGACCCCACCGACCUCCAGACUACGGCGUCUUUUGCCUUCAACGACUACUACUUGAAGCACGGCAUGACCGACGACAGUUGCUUCUUCGACAACACUGCCGCUAUCACUUCUUUGAACCCUAGUCAUGAUAAGUGCAAAUUCCCAUCCAGCUUGGCGUCGGCGAGCAACGGAAGCUUUUCCGGUUCAUCAACAGGAGCGGGAUUCGGACCAAGUGAAGACAUAAGCGGCUGCACUGGCAAUGCUCAGCUAUGGUUUUGGACUGUAAUUAUUGCUCAAAUGUUUCUUAUGAUUCCACAGAUUAUUAUUUCACAACGGUAGAGAGUAACUGGUUUGUCCUCUUUUUCCCUUUCAAUUAUAGGCAGUCAGUGAAAUCAAAAAAGCCAAGGCUUCUUUGUUUAUGAGAUAUCUGCUAUGCAUGUUUCAGAAACUGAAAAUGUAUUGUAUCUGUGGUUAGAAGUCUCUUAAGAUAAUAUUAGUACGCAUAUUUGUAGUGGCCAGUUGGGACAUUUCCGAUUGAUCAAAAUUCUUGAGCAGAACCCUCAAAAUUUGAGGAACUUGCA